AUGUUUAAUAAAAAAAAAGACUAUAUAAAAAAAAAGUAUAAAGACGUACCUUUAUUAAAUAUUGGUGAUGUGAAUAGAAUAUUAUAAUAAUACAAGAGUGAUGAAGAUAAAUUUCGAAUGUUUACCUCAAUUUUAGAAAUAUAAAAAUAGCAUACAACUCGAACUCAUGAAAGUAAUACAGAGGAAAUUCUUAGAAAAAAUGUUUAGAGGUUAAUUGAACUUUAUGGAGAUGUAGAUAUUAAUCAUGAUGCUCUAAAUAAUAUUUAUAAGAAUGUUGAUGAAAAUUAAGACAUCCAAACUUAAAUUGAAAAAAUUGAAUAUAGCAAUAUAUUUUAAGGAGAUAUGAAUUCUUAAAUGAUUAGCAUUUAAAGGUAGAUUGAAAGAUAUGAUCAUUAUUUGAAUGUAAUACAAACAAAGUUGUCCAAAAAUGUAUUUACCAAUUACUCUAGUUAUCUAUAAGCACUUACUCAUAUUGAUUAAAUUGGAAAUAUUAGUUAGGAGUUACUUAUGAAAGUUCGAAGUAGCAGAGAAAAGAUGUAAAAAACAUAAUAAAUUGUUUUAAAAUAAAGUAAAUAGAUUUUAGUGAAAAGAUAAUCAAUCUUAAAUAUUUAAGUAAAACAAUAAUAUUAUUAUAGUAAUUAAUUGAAACAUUAAAAAAAAUAAAAGAUUGUUAUGCUUUACCUUAUGAAAGAUUUGUAUUGAGUAUGUAGAAUGGAUAUAUAGAUGCAUCUAUGUACCUACCUACAAUAAUUGUACUUUUUAUUUAAUAUAUAUAGAAUAUUGAAAUAAUUGAUGGUUUAUAAUUGAUACCCAAAAAUUAUAAAGAGGAUAGAAUUGAAUACGUAAGAUAAUUAACUUGUAAAGGAAUAAUGGAUUAGUUUAUCAAUUAUGAUGAAAAGAUUUACAAAAUUCAUUAUGAGUCUUAUCUUUACAUGGAAGUAUAUCUAUUAAUUAAAAUAAGAAAAACAAUAUUGUUCAACCUUAUGAAACUAUAGUUCAUUUAUUAAUUUUUAGAGCAUUUGAAGCUAAAUUAUAAAUAGUUUUUGAUUAAAUUAGUUAAAUUUUAUCAAUUGACUUUUAUUUUGAUAAUUUAACAGAUUCUUUAAAUUAAAUUUCAAAGGAUUAAUUAACUGAAUUUUAUAGAGAAUUAUGUUGUUAAACAAUUCAUUUUUUUAUGAAUUUUCAUUUGAUAAUAAGAUUUCAUUUAGAUUAUUCUUAAAAUUCAUCAAUUAUUGAAUUAAGAAAAUUAAUUUAUGAAAAGGUUUUUGAUAGAAUAUGUGAUUUUAUCAAUUAAACAACAAGUUGGCCAAGAAUGAACAAAGAAGAUAUGAUUUGUUUUUUUGGUAUGUUAACUAUAUUAAUAUCUAAAUGUGAAGUAUUUGGAGGUUAAAAUCUUUAGAAAUAUAAAACAUUUAUAGAAGAUAAAUUUAGUAAUUAUUUGGAAUCAAGAGGUAAUGAUAAAUAAAUUAAAGAAUAAUUAAUAAAUGAAGAUUGUAAGAAAUGUAUGAAAAUUACACUCAAUUAAACAUAAAUUGUUCUAUAAAUUGCUAAUAAAUAAUAAAAAUUUCAUAUUUUUGAAUAUAAAGAUCCAUUUCCAGAUACUUUAAAUAUUUUUAAAUCAAUUGAAUACAAGAAAAUUAUUGAUUUAAUUAUGGGUUCAACUGUUUCUUUUAAAAAAUAAACUAAUAAUUCAAGUUUAAUUUAUUAAGGAAAAGAAAGAACAUUGUCAUUGACUUAAACUAUUAAUUAAAUAUACAUAAUCAUUCAAUAAUAGUUAUUAUACAUACACUUUUUUUAAUAACAUAAAGAAAAAUUAAUUGAAGAAUUGAUAUUCUUAAUUAAUUAUUAUAUAUAUACUUUAGCCAUUCCUAUGAUAUUAGAUGAGCAUAAAAGAUAUAUAUUUGAAGAUACUUUAAAUUUUAAUUAUGAUCCAAAACAAGAACCUGAUCAAUAUACUUAAUAAUUUGAACACAAUAGUUAAGUAAUUAUAUAUAGAGAGAAAUAUGGUGAUUUAAUUAAAUAUUUAAAAAAGAUUCAAAUUCCAGAAGAUCUUAAAGUGAAAAAGAGUCAAACAUUUGAUAUAAUGGAUAGAGUUGUAUACAUAGAGUCAAUAAUUUUUGUCAUAAAUGAAUUUGAUUCAAUUAAGGAAGUAUUUUAAGAAUUUAAACCAUUUUACUCAGAAUUAAACUCAAUUAUAGGUUAACUUUAAGAAUUAGUAAUUAGAGAUUGUAUUAAUUUAGAACUUUAUGCUCAAUUAGUUCAAUGUAAAUAUGAGUUGAAAUAGAAUGAUAAGGAUGAUUAAUAGAGAAUUCAAUUAAUUGAUAAAAUAAUUUCUGUUAAUGAAAUUAAAUUGUAAGGAUUAUCUUAACAUUAAUUAACAGAAAUUUAGAAAUUGUAUUAUGAUGAAAUAAUUUAUCUUUUUGCAGUUGUUUAUUCAAGAAUUAAGAAAGUUAAUAAUAUUGGUAGAGAAGUUAUGUUAAAUGACUAUUAUAAAGUAUCAAAAACUUUUAAUAUUGAAAAUAGUUUGUAUGAAUCAUAUAUAAAAAUGUUGAAUUCAAAUUAAGCAGAUACAAUUAUUGAAUAUAUGAAUAAUCAUUAAGUAAUUAAGUUAUUUAUUAAUAGAAAUAAUUUCCAUAUAAAAUGUUGAUGGGUCUUUUUAAUGCAUAAGGAUUAUAAAAUUGCAAGAAAUAAUAAAGGAAAGAUUAAUUGUUCAAGAUCUUUUAACAUUACUAACAAUGA